AUGGUUGCCCUGUCAGAUGACGAUGACUUCGAGUGGACACCCCCUUCAGAAUCUGAGAUGAAGGUUAUUCAUGCUCAGCGGGAACGACAGGACAAGAUAAGCAAGCUCAUGGGCGCCUACCUCCUCAAAGGCUACAAGAUGUUAGGAGAAUGCUGCGAGCAAUGUGGGGUGAGUGGGGGAUAAUCCAGACCAACGCAGUCAAUAUAUUUGACCCUGUUAACUAACAUUAAUUAUAGUGAGAUCUAGCUAAAUAUAUGUAUUCUGUAAUGCUAAAGAGAUUGAUUGAUCUUGUCUGGAAGUUUUAGUCAGCGUCUAAGUAGCUUUACUAAUGAGGGGUAUGACAUUAGGUCUUGUGUUGAAGAAUGUGUAUUUUGUGCCUCUCCAGACGAUUCUCCUUCAGGACAAGCAGAAGAAGAACUACUGUGUUGCAUGUCAGGAGCUGGACUCUGAUGUAGACAAGGACAACCCAGGUAAGAGUCUGUGCAGGGCUAAGAUCAUUUCCAGAAUGACUAGGGAAAGGGUUGCCUGACGACUCAUCCUGAAUUGAAUUCCACUGCUCUGUUGCUCGCUCCAUACAUUGUCUGAAACUGCCAUCCUAGAAGUCGUUUGUGUUGAUGUCAAAAUGAGGGGUGUUGCUCUGGCCCAACCUAUCGGUUUCUGGGUCCAAUCAGAAACAGUCAGAAUGUGUUCGAAUUCUACAAGACGUCAGUGGGGAAAGCAAAUACAGACUGAUCGUGGAGAAGAAACACUAGUGGGCGUGGCGUUUGGCCGGAGCGAUGUGGAUGUGUAGUCAAAUGCACGCACCACUUUUCCGUUAUUUAUUAUUUUGAAUUUGUCCAUUACAUGAAAUCCAAAUAAAAAUCCAUUUAAACUACAGGUUGUAAUGCAACAAAAUAGGAAAAAUGCCAAGGGGGAUGAAUACUUUUGCAAGGCACUGUAACUUAUGACUCGGUUUGCAACUGAACUUUUUUUUUUCUCCAACUAAACUUUCUUCUUCUCUCAUAUCCUUCUCUUUCCUGUUACUUUCCUCUCACACUCAGCCCUGAAUGCCCAAGCUGCCCUGUCACAGGUCCGAGAGAGACAGCUGGCCUCUCAGCCUGUCCCUCAGGCCAAUGAAGCACCCUCCAGCGAUGUCCCCCUCUCCAUCACUGGGCAGCCCAGACCAGAGCACUGUGAGGGGGCUGCGUCAGGACUGAGAGGACCCCUACCUCCACCAGCCAACCCCUCCCCUGCACCCACCGUGACCCCCAGCUUCCUCCCUCCGUCCACCCCCUCCAUCCAGCCAGUCCAGGUGCCAGCCCCCCUAGUAGCCCUGGCACCUCACCCAGCCCUAUCCAGUGCUGAGGAAGCAGUGCUGCACAAGCUGCGGUGGGCCACACAGGAGCUCCAGCACUCAGCCUCAGUAGAGGCCAGUAUCCAGCUGUGCGGCUUGAUCCGCAGCUGCGCAGAGUCACUGCGCAGCCUGAAAGAGCUUCACCAAUCAUGAGACUGAACUGAUGGCAAUUCUAAAAAAAACAGAAACAAGGCAUAAACACACACUCACAUAAGCAACACCGGAAGUUAUAGCAGCUUGUUUCCCUUGCAAAGGUUUUUGUGGCAAAUUGAAGCUGCUUCGCCUCUGCUAGUAAAGGUUAUUGUAAUAAACUUGGACAACUGUCUGUGUAUGCAUAAUUUGCAUUUUGAGAGCCUGACCUGUAGUUACAUUUUGUUUAUACAUUGCUGUUACUUUCUAUUUGCAGUUCUCUGUGGAUUCAGGGUAAAGUUGACACAAACUUGCAUGAUGAGAAUGGGCACUUCUGAGUGGUCGAAUAUCUUGAACUAAAUAUAGUUUAAUGGUGUUUGACUGGUUGGUAUUAAUGUAUGUCAAUUGUUUAUAAAAUCUGAAUUUAUCCACAUUAUUCAUACUUUCUGUGGUUAUUACUUAAUUUUAAAACAAUUAUCCAUGUAAUGUAAUUGUAUAGCGUUGUAGAUACAGUAGCAAUCUAUUUAUACGAGAUGACAUCCUUAAUAUUCUGGAAUGUGGUAGUAGUGAGAGUUGCCUUGUUAUGUGAUGAAGCAGCUGGGAUGUUUUUAGUGUCAUAAUUAUAACUUUAAGGUAGUAGGCUACUGGACGAAUUUCAAUGUAUGUUUGUAU